AUGCCACAAGUCUCGGUUCCUGUCCGCCCGAGCAGGGACCAGGAUCCCGGGAAGGGGAUCAGAAGUUUACUGCUUGAGGAAUUCAGGAAAAGCCAUCGAAACAAUAAACACUACGAGUUGAAAGACAUUUUUGGUCAUGUGGUUGAGUUCAGUGGUGACCAACACGGGUCCAGAUUUAUCCAAGAGAAGCUCAAAAGUGCCAAUAGCGACGAGAAGGACCUGGUUUUCCAGGAGAUCAAGAGCAAUGCUGUUCAGCUUAUGAAGGACGUCUUUGGCAACUACGUCAUACAAAAGUUCUUCGAGCAUGGCAGUCAAGUCCAGAAGACUGUUCUUACAAAAGCCAUGAAGGGGAAGGUUGCAGACCUGUCUAAGCAGUUAUAUGCGUGCCGGGUUGUCCAAACGGCCCUAGAGCAUGUCCUUGUCGACCAGCAGGAAGAUAUCAUUGAGGAAAUCAAGCCACAUCUCGAAACUAUCGUGAAGGACAAUAACGGCAACCACGUGGUUCAGAAAUGCAUGUCUGUGGCACCUCGCGUGAUCCUUCCUUUCAUUAUGGCUACUUUCCGUGGUUCGAUCAGGAGUAUAUCGACCAACCAAUUCGGCUGUCGUGUCAUUCAGCGAAUAAUAGACUACGGCACACUCGAAGAGAAACGUGAACUCAUGGCGGAGAUUCAUGCAUGUGCGGUUCCCCUGAUCAUGGAUAUGUUCGGCAACUAUGUCGCUCAAUGGGUUUUCGAAAGCAAAGAUGCGCCCCAGGAGGACAAGGACAGAUUCGCCAAUGUCGUUGUUGAACACCUCAUUGAGUUCUCUACUAACAAGUGUGCUUCGAAUGUUGUAGAGAAAUGUCUGGAAUUUGGUACGGUCGACUACCGUCGUGCCAUCCUGACAAAGCUCAUUACAGCGGAUUCCAAGGGCCGCUCACCCCUUGACAAGAUUAUGCUUGACCAGUUCGGAAAUUAUGUAAUUCAGAAGGGUAUUAAACACCUGGAGGAUCAAGAUAGAACUAAGUUUCUGGACGAGAUGGAGCGACGAUUCUUAGUUCUGAACAGGAAUACCGAUAGCCGCACCAUACGCCAACUGGGGGUCAUCGAGAAAAUACUGGAAAAAUAUAAGCAAGAGCGCGAAGCCAACGCGAAGACGGGUUCAGCUCAGCAGGCUGAGCUCCACAUUGACGUCCACACCACAGCAAACACCCCAGCUUUAACAAGUGAGAACAGCAGCCCCAAGAGCGCAAGUUCUCCGAGCACCAAGUCUGGUGAUGAGACAGUCGCUGAGACCGGCAAAGCAACAGUUGAUGCUUCUCUUUCUAUCAAUGGCCAACCCGAGGUUGUAGACGUUGACGGCGUCGUGGGCUAA